AUGGACAGAGAGGACUAUGCAAGACUACAAAGAACACGACAGAAAAAGGCGCAUCGCGAGAUUAUAUACGAUAUGCACAUAUGUAUGUGCUUGCAUCGGUUUGGAUUUGGAGUUGGGUCUGGACCGCCGCGAACAGCAGACGAGGAAAAGACUACAAUUACGACACCGACGAGGGGAGACACGGUCCCUGAGCGUCUCGAGCUGGCUGCUAUUUGCUCCGCACAGAGCGCAGAGUGCACAUGGAGGAGACGGAACGCAGACCACAGGAACCGGCCAGGUGUGGUAGGCCAGGAGCGAUACACCAGGAGUGGUACGCCAGGUGUGGUAGGCUGUUUGAAGACAGAGCAGUCGAGAGCGGACGAUGAGGAGUGCAAUGCAUGUCAUAUGCAGGCCUGUAAAAUUGCAAAUGCUGCACGGAAGCUGAAGCAGGGUAUGAUUUCAAUAGAAAGGGCAUCCCGGGUGGUGGCUUCCGGGGCCAUGAGUAUCGCUUUCGUUUUGGCCAGGUUUGACCGUCUAAUUUACACUGUCUCCAACCCCACGUAA